ACCGGUUGAACGUAUAUAUAACGUAUACAACCGACUCCAACCGACUGUCGCUGCUCUCGCCCACCAUAAGCUCCAAUAAGCUUGCCCAAGAUGCAGAUACGCGACGACUGUUCUGGCACACCGCGUCGAAGAAUGACCUAGCAACGAAGUCAAGAAAAGCGAGGGACGCAUCAUCGCGGAAGGUAGAGGAUAGCACAGAGGCAGCUUAAUCAUCCCCGUACCAAGACACAGCACUGUACACAAAGAUGUCGAAACGACCAGCAGACAGCGGGGACUCCAGUUCCCAACCACCUAUAAAGAAAGUGCAAUUUGAGCCAAUCCUAAUCGGACCCAUAUCUACUCUGGAGGAAAUGGACAUGAAAGUUUUACAGUUCCAGAAUAAGAAAUUAGCACAGAGAUUGGAACAGAGGCAUAGAAUGGAAGCAGAAUUGAGACAACGUAUUGAACAAUUAGAAAAACGUCAAAUGCAAGACGAUGCAGUACUUAAUGUAGUUAAUCGAUAUUGGAAUCAACUCAAUGAAGACAUACGUGUACUGCUGCAAAGAUUUGAUGCUGAAACUGCUGAUGAAUCAGAAAAUAAGAAUGAGAGUGAAGCCACAACGUCGUUUCUUAUGCAAUUAUCUUCCUGGGAUAAAGAAGAAUUAGAUGACAAAUUAGCAAAUCGUGUACAAGUGUCAAAACGAGCUGUGUCUAAAGUUGUACAAGCGUUCGAUCGUUUAUCUCAAAGAAAUGAAAAGAUCACUCUUGCGCUUAAAGGAGAAUUUGACGGUGAAGAGGCGCCAAAUAUUGACGAAGUUGUUCGGCGUGCCAAUGCAGAAAUACAAAUGGAAAAUAGAAAUCUACAGGCGAUAAAUAUACAAUUGCAUGAAAAAUAUCACACUAUCUCAUUAAAGAUGUCAGAAUUGCAAGAUACAAUAACAGGCAAAGAUACGCUUGCGGCAGAAUUGCGAAAUCAGGUUGACGAUCUCCAGUACGAAUUGAACAAAGUGCGUGCAAGAAACGAUAAACUGGAACAUCAUCUCGGAGAAGCAAUCGAAAAAUUAAAAGCUUUUCAACAAAUUCAUGGCUCAGAUGAGAAAGGCAGUAAUAAACCGACUACUAUAGUUGCAUCUAGCGUUUCUCAGACUAAGCUUGACGAUUUGCAAAGAGAACUUGAAGAAACGCGUGAAUUGGCUAACAAUAGACUGCAAGAAUUAGACAAACUGCAUCAACAACACCGCGACACCUUAAAAGAAGUAGAAAAAUUGAAAAUGGACAUAAGACAGCUUCCCGAAUCAGUAAUUGUGGAAACAACAGAAUAUAAGUGUUUACAAUCGCAAUUUUCCGUACUGUAUAACGAGUCUAUGCAGUUAAAAACACAAUUAGAUGAUGCUCGCCAACAAUUGCAAUCGAGCAAAAAUGCACAUUUGCGUCAUAUUGAGAUGAUGGAGAGUGAGGAGUUAAUGGCUCAAAAAAAGUUGCGCGGAGAAUGUAUACAGCUCGAAGACGUUUUAGCACAAUUACGCAAGGAAUACGAGAUGCUUCGUAUUGAAUUUGAACAGAAUUUAGCAGCUAAUGAACAGACGGGUCCGAUCAAUCGAGAAAUGCGGCAUCUAAUUACUUCUCUUCAGAAUCAUAAUCAACAAUUAAAAGGAGAAGUGCAUCGUUACAAACGAAAAUACAAGGAAACAACUACUGAAAUACCUCGAUUAAAAAAGGAAGUAGAAGAGUUGACAACCAAGUUGGGCCAACAAACGGCGCAAGAAAAUAAAGAAGGAAAUAAUUCAGAUGGUAGCGGGAAAGAAGAAGAUGCCUCAAAUUCGUUACCAGGUUCUACACAGAUAAAAGAGGAAAGUGGUGUUGCGAUAAAAAGGGAAUCUGGUGCUGAUGAAGAGGUAGAAACUAUUGAGGUUGGAGAAGGAGAAGGCAAUAAAAACACGCCAGAUUCGCUAACGUUAACUUCGCCGACUCUAAAAAAGGAAAAGGAUAUAAAACGUGAGAAAGAUAUUAAGAAAGAAUCUGUGAAAACUGAACAUCGAGAUCCUGCACAUCGCACUAAAGAUGCGAAGAUGGCAGAAUCAGAGCUCGUGAGGGAUUUGAAGGCACAACUCAAAAAAGCCGUAAAUGAGAUGAAAGAAAUGAAGCUUUUAUUAGACAUGUACAAAGGUGUUGGAAAAGAGCAACGGGACAAGGUACAAUUAAUGGCUGCAGAGCGUAAAACGAGAGCAGAAUUAGAGGACUUACGACAGCAAGUAAAAAAGAUUCAGGAAAGUAAACGCGAAGAACGUAAAAAAUUAGCUGAUGAAGAUGCGCAAAUAAAGAUUAAGAAACUAGAAGAGCAAGCGUACACAUUGCAACGUCAGGUCGCUUGUCAAAAACAGAAUUGUAUUUGGUUGCAGGAAGAGGAGGCACUUCUGAAUGAAAUGGAAGUGACCGGGCAAGCAUUUGAGGACAUGCAGGAGCAAAAUUCUAGACUAAUACAGCAAUUGCGCGAGAAAGACGAUGCGAAUUUCAAGCUUAUGACUGAGAGAAUUAAAAGUAAUCAAUUGCAUAAGCUUGCGAGGGAAGAGAAGGACGUGUUGAAGGAGCAAGUAUCCACAUUAACAACGCAAGUUGAAGCAGCCAACGUAGUUGUACGAAAAUUGGAAGAGAAGGAGCGUCUUUUACAAAACUCUCUUGCCACGGUGGAGAAAGAAUUGGCGUUGAGACAGCAGGCAAUGGAGAUGCACAAGCGGAAAGCGAUAGAAAGCGCACAAUCUGCGGCUGAUCUCAAACUUCAUCUCGAGAAGUAUCAUUCCCAAAUGAAGGAAGCGCAACAAGUCGUAGCCGAGAAAACAAGUUCCUUGGAAGCUGAAGCAUAUAAAACUAAAAGAUUACAGGAGGAGAUAGCACAACUCAGGCGCAAGGUCGAACGUAUGAAGAAAAUCGAGCUCGCUGAAACCUUGGAUGAAGUUAUGGCGGAAGAGUUGCGGGAAUACAAGGAAACUCUAACAUGUCCGUCGUGUAAAGUGAAACGCAAAGAUGCCGUACUCACCAAAUGCUUCCACGUAUUUUGUUGGGACUGUUUGCGCACACGUUAUGAAACACGGCAGAGGAAAUGUCCCAAGUGUAACUGCGCUUUCGGCGCCAACGACUAUCAUCGACUAUACCUAUCUACAUGAAGAAGAAGGUGCUGACUCGUUGGUAAUAUGGCGUGGGAGUACAAAGAAAUUCUAACGUGUUCUGCUGGAAUUGUCUGCACAUACGUUUCGAAACGUGACAGCAGAAAUGUCCUAAGUAUAACUGCUCUUUCGGUGCCGAUUAACUUAUCUACCGACUGUACCUAUCCAUAUGAAGAAGAAGGUGCUGACUCGUUGGAAAAUACGCCGUGGUAUAGAGUAAUGUUUUGUAAUAUGUUACGUGAGCAUUUCUCUUUUCCUUUUUUUAUAUCUUUUAUUUAUUAUUCUUUUUGUGGAACGACGAUAUGCAAUAUGUGACUAUUCCUGAAUACGAUAAUGAAUCACGAAUUUUGCUAAGUUCUUAUUAAGAUUGUAGAUACAUAAAGGAAGAAUAACAUAAGUUAUAAAAUUUGAGUCGCAGUCAAGAAUUUAAAAACUACACUGAUUUAUUUAUUACUUAAUUCUACUACUUAUGUUUUUCAUGCAUUAUGGACUAUAGACAGUACGUUCCAUUUGCCGCUCAUAACGCUUAUGAAUAUCAUUUAUCCUUGUUUAUAAUAUUUGAUAACAAGAAUAAAAUGACUCUAAGAGUGUUGCGAGUUUCAAAUGAAACACAUCCAAUUAACAAAAAGAAUAAAUAGAUAGGCAGAAUGAGAGAGAAAAUGAUAAAUGUGUAGAUCUGGUCUUUUCAACUAAAAACUAUACUUAAUUCAUCUGUUUUCUUUUUCUCUCUAUAUUGAAGAGAAAAAAAGAACAGUUACAAGAAGUCUAGCUGAAAAGAACAGACCAAGUGAAUGAAUGAGUGAGCAAAUGAACAUGGAACGAACAUGAACGAGAAAAAUAAAAAAAAGCGGGCAUGAGAACAAAGAGACAACUGAAAUACAUUUUUAGUUAAUCAGUACAGUUACAUGGGCAAGCUUUUAAUUUUAUUUACAAUAAGACGAUUUAUUUUUAAUUAGUCUUUGAUCUCUGUUUCUUUUUCAAAUAAGCUUGUGCGAAAUUAUCGUUAACAUCUAUACACAGUACAAUCGAUUGCCUAGAUCAAUGCCUUCCAAACAUUAUUAUUUUUUAAGCAACAAUUUCUCGUUUGAAAUAUCUUAUAAGAUAAAAUAAAAAUUAAUGAAGUCGAGUUUGUGAUGUUAAAGAUAAUCAUUAAUCUAUUGCAAAUAUUUUGAAAAUACUGAUCUAGAUCAAAGAUAAUAGUUAUAACUAUACCAAUUCAAAUUGAUUAGGUGAUAUAUUUAAUUUAUACAUUUAAUUAUUAUUUGAAAUUCAGAUGUAACUAUAAGGUUGCGAUUAAGUUAACGUUUUGAAGCAUUCUUUGAUUGAUCAAUUAGUAAAAUCCUUUGUUCUGAUUGAUUGAUCAAGCUUCAAAUUGACCUUAAAUCUGCUGGACGUGAUUACAAUUUAGUUGCCAAAUUUGGUAUGUUUGCUAGACAUUAAUCUGUUUAGGUCGUGUAAUUAAUUUUAUUCGAAUUUUUAUCACCAAGAAAAUUUAGAAGUUUCAGAGGAAUGAUUUAAUGAUUCUUCACUUCCGAAAGUAAAGUAAAUUUAUUAUUAUUAUUUUUUUUUUUUAGAGAGUUAGAGUUAGAAUCCUCGAAAUUGAUAAUUGGCAAUUCGUAUGAUAAUCACGCUUAUAGUUAUUUAUUUAAUUAAAAAGAUACAAUUUAGAGCAAGCACGGUUCAAAUUCGCUUUGUCUAUUGUUUAUAAUACGAGACAGGCAAACUGAUUAAUAACAGGAAUGUCCUGUACGAUAAUUACUCGACAUUAUUCAAUAAGAAACGAAUUUUUUGUGCUGAUCGUGAAUAUGUUCGUGAUGAUUUUCAUCGAAAUUGUUAAUUAUUUGAGGAAAUUAAAUAUAAGAAAGUGAAAAAAGAAUUGUAAAUGUUAAAUUGAACAUACUGUCUUAGGAUAUUCUAAAAAUAUGUAUUCAAGAACUUUAUGUAUGUAAGAAAUUGCUGUAUGAAGAUAUAUAAAACAAAGCGUCAAUAUUAGCAAAUGUUAUUUUAACAUUAAGAGGGAUACAUUACUAAAUUUAAAUAAUUUAUUCCAUUUACAAAUUAAAUUUGCACUCACUAAAUCGUUAAAUAUUUGAUACUAUCUUACUAACAUUUGUAUCAUAGUAUAAAUAAUUUUUGAAUAUUUUCGCAUGUAUGAAUGCUAAUUAUGAAUGCGAGCAUCCACGUAUAUGUAUUUGUAAAAAGAAAUGCGAGAGUAACUUAUUUCGAUAAAAAAAAAAAAUGUAUCAAUGUGCAAGAGCUGUGUUUCAAUAGGAUAACUUAUUUUGUGGAUCUUUAUUUCACUCGACUAUUCAGAUCUAUUUUUUCUUUUUUGAUAAAUUCUGAUUAAAAAUAUGUUGUAAUAAAUCUUUCCUUUUUAAUUUCUUUUUUUAUGUAGGAAAGUUUAUUUAAAUAUUUAGUAAUAUGAUAUAGAAAUGCGUUUACGAAAAAUUUGGUAUUGUCAAAAAUAUAUGUUCUUAUUUUUUUCUUUAUUAAUCAAGGAAAAAACGUUUUCUAAAUCUGUUAUAAAGAUUAAAUUUUUUAAUUUAUUAAAUUUAUUUCAAUUCUAAAUUUGCAAACUUGCCUUAUAUUUAUAUUUUUUAAAUUACUUUACAAUAUGUAUGUGAAGAAUAAAAAUCGACGAAAAACGUUCUAAGUAACUUUUUAUCAUUAUUCUUUGAGACAUUAUUCACUUUGAGACGCAUUUCUUACAUUUGUUCAUUAACAUAAAAAAUUUUUUUUUUAGAUAACCAAAUCAAUAUGAAAAAUAACACGAGAAAUAGUAUAUUAAUUUUUUUUUAUAUAUUAUAUAAUAAAUAUUAUUAAUUCUAGUAGCUUUGUAUUGUAAUUAUUGCAUAUUGUAAAAAAAUACUGGGUAAAAUCACAUGAACAAAUGUAAAAUUUAUACGAUUUAUAAUGAAAUUUUUAAAUGUAUCUAUAGAUUUUGUUAUUGUUCAUGGUGUUUUACAUAUCUUUUUAGUGUAUGUGAAGUAUAAAUAAAAUUGAAAAUCGAUUUGCAAUAA